GRGCUCCAGGRCAAAUUGGGCAACCUGGUUUGGCUGGAGCUGAUGGAGCACCAGGUGACAAAGGACCCAACGGUAACCCUGGUUCACCAGGCGCCCCAGGAGGACUGGGUCUGCCUGGUAUGCCCGGCGCUCCUGGAAUGGCAGGAUCUAAAGGAGAAACGGGUGAAAGUGGUCCUAUGGGACCUGCCGGUCGAGAUGGAAAAGACGGAGAACCUGGUUCUGAUGGACGACCUGGAGCUCCUGGUCAACCAGGGAUCCAAGGACCAAAGGGUAAUUCAGGAAGACCCGGCACACCCGGCCGACCUGGUAAACGUGGUGACGAUGGACCUCGUGGAGACAUUGGACCUCCUGGUAUCCCAGGAACACCUGGUGCCCCGGGUUCACCAGGACCUGCUGGGCCAGCCGGUGCCAGAGGAAACCACGGAGAGAAAGGUAGCAAGGGAGAACAAGGAGAUAGCGGCUCGAAGGGAGAACAAGGAGGAGCUGGUAUGGCUGGUAAUAGAGGUGACAAGGGAAGUCGUGGAAGACCAGGUGGUGUGGGACCAAGAGGAACUACAGGACCAACAGGCCGAGCAGGACCACAAGGACCACCGGGACCUCCUGGUGCGCUUGGCAAUCCCGGACGUCCUGGGAUACCUGGAAUCAAGGGUGCUGCCGGCACUGCGGGUACUCCUGGUCUACCUGGUUCGCCUGGUAUGAACGGACGACGUGGCAAAGAUGGAGAACCCGGUCAACCUGGAGAAGAUGGAAAGGCCGGACAAACUGGAUCCCGAGGACUCCCUGGARCUAAAGGAGACGGCGGCUUCCGAGGUUUGCAAGGACUACCUGGACCGCGUGGAAAUAUCGGAGAGCCCGGCGUUAAGGGUGAUAGAGGAAAUGCUGGUGUUGAUGGCACAGAUGGACUCAAGGGAGCUCAGGGAUUCCCUGGACCUCGUGGCCCUACAGGUCCUCCUGGACUCGAUGGAGCCCCUGGUGACGAUGGUGCUCCCGGUACUCCCGGCGCUAACGGUUUGGGGGGCAGAAACGGAACCAAAGGUCCAAAUGGACAGCCUGGAAGUCCAGGAACGCCAGGUAGCAUGGGACCACCUGGUGAGCCCGGUCUKAAAGGCCCAACAGGAGCUAAUGGUGAAGAGGGCGAAGUUGGUUCACCUGGAGCAGCCGGWCGCCGUGGACCUCGUGGAAUUCARGUAUGGYCACUGUACAAUUUUGAAUCGAUUACGAUCACUCUGUGAGAUUUUGUCCUCGAACCGGGAAUUGAACCGGGAUCAAUAAGAUAAAAAUAGCUAAUUGCUUGUCAUUCCAUUUAUCUUACAUUUCCAGGGUAUUGCAGGCGUACCAGGAGAAUCUGGUGCCYCCGGUCUAGAAGGUGCUAAGGGAGAUCAUGGAUACACUGGAAAACCUGGCAAAAUAGGACCAAACGGAAUUGAUGGUGAAAGGGGKACUGUAGGA